AUGAGAAGAGCCAAUAUACCCUUAUGGAUCGCUCUUAUUUUAAAAUCACAAGACAAAUGUAAUAUAGUGCCACCAGAUUGGCUAACUGUAGCGUACUUGAAAAGCCGCUAUGAUGAAGAACUUGCUCAACCGCAUCGUUUCAGCUCGUUACCAUGGCAUUGGCUAGAAACGUCUAAAAUCUUACUUGCAAGAGCUUCAGAUGACUUAUCUGACCUGACCUCACAAUUGAAGCUGAUUAUUCAGGAUCUCAGAGAAGUGCGACUUGUGAAAUCAAGGAAAGGUCUUCGAGAGCUUAACGAAUCUAACAUUCAAUUGGAUGGACUAUCCUUACUUGAAAUAAACGAAUUGCGACCAUUUGUAUUAUCUGUGAUGAAUAAACUACGUCAACUACACGAGAGCGUGACGACAACAGCAGCAGAAUCUCGGCGAGAGGAAGGAGCUGACGAGGCUUCUGACGACGAUGAUGACUAUUAG